AGACAGGUAGAAACUCGGGAACUGAAUAGUAUCUGCGCAGCCAUGCUCUCCUUGCGCCGUUCCCCCUUGCGCACUUUGAGCGUUGGGCCCGGCCGAGCCCGGCUGGUGAUCAGGAAUGCUGCGUUCGAUGUUCGUCCCUACACGCUACGAAAAGGAGACACGCUAGAGAGCAUUGCUAAGAAACGCAAUGUUACUGUGGAGCAAAUUCUGGGUAUCAAUCCCGACUGCAAGCCUGAUAACGUCGCGGAGGGGCAGACCAUUCUUCUUCCAGCCAACAAGUUAUCAAAUCGUGAUAAGGAAAUCCUCAGUGGCAUUGGCACUACAUACCGUCUGUAUCCUGUUCGCGCGGGGGAGACCUUGAGCGAGGUCCUGUCGAAGCGCGGUAUCAGCACUGCGGAAUUCCUGGCGCUCAACCCCGGCGUUGAUAUCGCCUCCAUUAAAGACAACCAAGUCGUCAAGCUCCCCAUCGAUAAGUUCACGGUCCGCGAACGGGAGAUGUUGAUAGGCUCGGGCAUCCUGCCCCCCGAGUUCUUCACGGCCGCCAAGAAUCCCUUCGUUAUCGGCUUGGGCGGAUUCAACUACAGCCGAGUGUUAAACGACCCGCAGAACAGCCACGCUCUUCUCUCGCACGUACACUUACGUCUCAUUAUGUGGCGCCGUCGGCCGCUAUUGUCCCUGCCGCGCUUCUGUGCUGUGUCUCGCACUAUAUCAUUGUUUGAUGCAGUGAUGCUGGUGUGCGGCUUCGUCAUGGCGUGGCAGCGGUUCCAUUCGGAUCCGGACAUGCAGGCCACCGACUGA